UUUUGUUUUUUUUUUUAUGUCGCCCCUCUUUUCAAACAAAUCACCCGCAGCGCCAUGCCCCGCUUAAAACCAAUGGCCUUUCACGUCGCGUGCCCGAUCACUUGCCGGUUGAUAUGCGACUGCGAGCUCGGCUUCCCGGAGGAGCUACGGAGCCCGCGGGCGCGGAGGGAGUUCGAGGAGCAGGGCGAGAGGCUUGAGGAGUUCUUGAAGGACCCGUGGCUCGUGAGGGCCGGCAGCGGUGGCGGAGGAGGGGGCACCGUCCAGGUUCUUGUUCCCAAGGUCGUGCCAACGCCGGCACCUCCCCUGCCGCCGUCGACCUCGGGGGACCAUGGCGGAGGCGGGGAUGACGCGCUCUCGUCUGCGCAUGUCCGGUGGGCUGCGUUGCAGCGGCAGGCGGCGGCCGCGUCGAUGGCCGCGGAGGAUUACGUCCGGCGAUUGGAGGCCGGCGGGGCCGCGGAGGUACCAGGAGAAGCAGCUAAUACUCUUGUUACAGAAGAUCAAUGUUCUUCAAUCAAGGUUAUGUGCCGUAUUUGCUUCUCUGGUGAGAGUGAAGGCAGCGAAAGAGCUAUGAAGAUGCUGCCAUGCAAAUUCUGCCAUAAGAAGUACCAUAGAAGUUGCUUGAAAGUUUGGGCUGAACAUAGAGAUCUAUUUCAUUGGAGUUCAUGGGCAUGCCCCUCUUGCCGCAUUUGUGAGAUUUGUCGAAGAGUAGGUGAUCCCACUAAGUUAAUGUUUUGUAAAAGGUGUGAUGGUGCUUACCAUUGCUAUUGUCAACAGCCUCCACACAAGAACGUCAGUCAUGGGCCUUAUUUAUGUCCAAAACAUACAAGAUGUCAUAGCUGUGGAUCUACUGUCCCUGGAAGUGGACUUAGCACAAGGUGGUUUUUAGGGUAUACCUGCUGCGAUGCUUGUGGAAGAUUGUUUGUGAAGGGAAAAUAUUGUCCUGUUUGUUUGAAGGUCUACAGAGAUUCUGAAAUGACGCCCAUGGUUUGCUGUGAUGUUUGUCAACAAUGGGUGCACUGUGUAUGUGAUGGCAUCAGUGAUGAAAAGUAUCAGCAGUUCCAGGCAGAUGGAAACUUGUACUACAAAUGUCUUGCAUGUCGUGGAGAUUGUUACCAGGUCAAGGAUAUGGAAGAUGCUGUUCGAGAGCUUUGGUGGAGGAGAGAUAAAGCUGACCGUGAUCUAACUGCAAGCUUGAGAGCUGCUGCUGGACUGCCAACUCAGGAGGAGAUAUUUUCUAUUUGUCCCUACUCAGAUGAUGAAGAAACUAGUCCAGUUAUACCAAAGAAUGAUUAUGGGAGAUCAUCAAAAAUUUCUGUCAAAUCUUUGACUGAUAAAGCAAGCAAGAAUUCUAAAGAACAUGGAAUAAAUUUCUCCAAAAGAUCGUCCAGUAAGAAAUAUACAAGUAAGGGGCAUCAGGUGCAAUUUUCUGGUAAGCCUGAAGAGCCAUAUCAACAUAAUGAAAGGCAGCAUGUGGUGAGAUCACCGGAGAGCAGCCUCAGAGACCCUAAGUUUGAUGAGACAAAGCCAUACAGAAAUGAUGCCCAGGCCUACUUCUCAUCUCCUUUGACCAGAAGUCUAGGCAAUGAUAAGGGGAAAUCUUCUUUUGAUCAAAUGGGAAGUAAUAACCAAAUGUUUAUUGAGGAAGGUGUAGGUAACAACUCUGAUAAGAUGCCUAAGGUCCAUAUAAAAUGUAGCAAAUCACCAGGAUUGCAUGUGAAAGAGGGAGUUGGAAAAGAAUCGAGCAAAACUGAGACUGUGAAAGGAACUAAAUUAGUCAUACAUUUUGGCGCAAAAAAUAGAAAUGCACCCCCUAAGUCUGACGCUUCAAGUUUUCACAAGGAUCAAGAUGUUAAUGCCUCCAAAGGAAGUGAAGGCAUGAGCGAGCUAGUAAUGAAAGAAUCUAAGAACUAUGUAGUUGAUUCUCAUCCUGUAAUUGCCAGAAAUCAUGACGGAAAAGGGGCUAAACUUGAAAACUCAACUCAGAUUAAAAGUUCAAGACAUGGAGAUAGAGAAGAUAGUGUGAUAAAGCUUAGAAAGAUAUCCGAGACACACAGGAAAAGAAGAGCCAAUAUUGCUGAGUGUGAACCUAUGACUGCUUGCAGAAGUCCUCUUAUAAUAAGAAAAACAAGCACAGAGGUAGACCCUGCAAUAAAGACUCGGUCUCAGACCACAUGGACACAUAAUGAUGAUUUGCCAGGGAAAAAUUCUCUGAAUACAACUGUUAAUUUGCAAAGUGAAAUCCAUGAUGUGGCUGAAUCACCGUUUACUUCCAAGUCCUCCGAUGAUCCCAAACCAUUAUUGAAGUUAAAAUUCAAGAACCCGUUUUUUGAACAUCGAAACUCUUGGGCACCUAGUGAAGGAGAGGAGAAGAAUCCUGUCAAAGGGCAGAGAUCGAAGAGAAAGAGACCAUUGUUUCACAAAGAAAAUAAUCAGGUGGAUGAUAACAAGGCACAGCCGAAUCAGGAAGAUCCAAUAGAUGAAGUUGGUGAUGCAAACUGGACAUUGCAGAAGCUGGGUAAGGAUGCGAUUGGAAAGAGUCGAAGUUCAUGAAGCAUCAGAGAAUUCUGGGCAGAGCAAAGCUAAGGCAAAAAAUAACUCAUUCUGUAUAGAGUCAUCUUCUGAAGAUUGCUGAUUCCUCCAAUCAAGCAUGCUUUUGAACUGUUUCCUUGCAUCAAGUUCAACUUGGAUUAGUUUUGUUGCUGAAGAAUGGCAUGAACAAGAAGCUCCUGUUGCCCUGUUCUCCUCAGAGGUUCUCUGUUGAUGACUUCUGGUUUCUCUUUGUGUAGUGUUGUUCUUUUACGAUGUGGAAGAUGCAAUGCUGUUGGCGUUCCCGACUUAAUCAAGGGAGGGGCAUGUUGUUGGAAAAAAUAAUGGGCUCUGUUAUCUGCAGCAUGAGGUUGGGUAGGAGAAGCUGAACCCUUAUUUAUACCCAGUCAAAUUAACCUUCUGUGUCGUGUUGUUUGACGAGUCCAGUGGGGUUUAACAACUGACGGCGUUGGUAAGUACAUGCAACUGGAUGCUACAGCAUAAAAUCAGUGCAGUUCAGUUGGUGGAUAAUAAUGCAAAAUGAUUCGACUGUGAUGGAAUCUCAAUUUCUGUUUGAUGAUCUUUGUACUCCCAUGGACUUGGAUAAAGUUUAGAUUUUACACUUUGCUUUUGAGUUCUUUCUGCAUAUAGAUUUUCAACAAAUAUGACUCUUUUUUUUUAGCAAUUAAUCAUGCCCAGGAAGAUGCUA